GCUUCACCGGCUUAAGUCCCGCCGACACCGACCGAGAAGCCAUACUCCCCGACCACGCCUGCUCCCCGCCGACACGCACUCCGUCCGACCCGGGUGAUCGGCGCCAUGGACAAGAUCCUCCGCCGGGUGCGCAUGGCCGAGCGCCAGGUUGCGCGGCGAGCCCAGCGUCAGCGAGCGCAGCUCGAAGGCAGGGAAAAAAACAAGCGCAUCCAGGAUAUCGCCAGGUCCCGGAAACAGGCCGGUCACGACCUCAACGCCGCCAUCAAGGCCCGCCAUGAGGAUCUAGAGCUCGGCCCGCUCGCCCCUCGCCGUGAUGUCAGCAAGGCCGACCAGUUCGGCAACUACUGGGGCAGCAUCUCGACCGAGCGAGCCCUCCUCCAGUUCUCCAUCACGGAGGAGCAGAGAAACGCCCGCGCCGCCUGGGCUGGUGGAGCGCAGUAUCUGUGCCUUGCCCCGGGCGACCGUGUUGUCGUCACCGAAGGCCCCUACAAGGACAAGAUUUCCACCAUCGCCAACAUCAAGCGCGACACUAUGGUUGUCGAACUGGACGGCAACAUCGGCGUCGUGAACGCCCGAAUCCCCGACUACGUGAGGGAAGAGGGCCAGACGUUGGUCCAACAAAUCAAGGCCGUCGUGCCCGUCUCGUCCGUCCGGCUGGUCCACCCGCUCCCGGAUCCGAAGACCGGCGUGACCCGCGACGUCAUCAUCCGCGAGCUCAGGCCCGUCGGCAUAACACACGAUAGGCCGACCCGCAAGGUCUUCUUCUCCCGCAUCGUCCCGGGCCUCAACGUGCGCAUCCCCUGGCCGAAGCAGCAACCUAGAGUCUACGAGGAUUACCCGGUCGACACGCUCCGCCUCAACGUCGAGGAACGCACCUUCGUGCCGACCCUGCUCCGCCCACCGAUGCCCGAGAGCGUGAUCGACGAGCUGCGCAACAAGUACUCCAAGUUCCGCACGCGGCACACGCCCGAGUACAUAGCCAAGAUCGAGGCGCAGGAGGCCGAGAAGAAGGCGCGCCGGAAGGGCGCCAGGGCCGACGAGAUGCUGCUGCCGGUGCAGGAGUACAACCGCAAGAUGCGCGAGCUGCGCCGCCAGCGCGGCCAGCCCGAGCUUACCGAGGAGAUGCUCGAGAAGAUCGGCGAGGUCAUCGCGCGGAACAAGAUGGCCAGGUUGAGCGGGCAGUCUGCGGCGCCAGCGAUAUCCGCGCCUGCACCGGCGGAAGCGGAGGUGGACCAGGUGCAGAAAGCGGUCGAGGAGCUAUCACUUGGGGGCGACACGCAGGGGACGACGCCGAGCGGGGAUCAGCCCAAAGCAUGAUCAUUUGGGGGCGCUUUCUACUGGGUGCUCCGCUCUCUCUGGCGAGAGCAGAUACCUGUCCAUCUCUUCUCCGGCGAGCCUGCGUGCCGGAGGUUCGGAAAGGGUGGCUUGUACCAUAGCCGCGGACGGCAAGCUGUGCUCCCCCUUUGCCGUGUACCGAUAGUGUGGAUACAAUUACUUAGACCUUAUACCAUGGGAUAUUAUUCUGCUGGCAUGUCCUGUACCACGCCAAGCGGCUUCGAAGUCAAGUUUUUACCCCAAC